AUUGCCUGAGUUGAGACGUUGGUAAGAAAACACUAAACGUUCACAAUUUUGUUGCGAACAUGCACAUGCACUCAUACACACAUGCACUCCAAACUGUUUCUUCAAAAUUGACGGUAUGAAAGAACAUCUGAGAUUCAAGUUUAAAUAUUCUGCACAUUCUGAACUCCAUUUCUUAACGUCAAUAAGAAUUUCUAACUAAAGAAUUUUUAACCGUUUAUAAAAAAACCGUGGAUAUUAAAAAUUCAUCGAUACAUGAAAUAAAUCAAAACAAUGUGUAAAUGCACCGUAUAAUAAACAAGGCACCAAGUAAACAAGUUAUUUGUACGAACACAACACUGAACGUAAACAAACACGCUGCUGAUAUGAACAAUUCUUGAAGUCAUCUAAUUUUCAUCUUAAAUCAUCCUGAGAUGUCGCUAGGAUGCACUUUAUAAAUAAAAAAUAAUACAAUGAUAACAUAGCAGUAUUCAAUUUGAUUAAUAUUAAACUCUAAGGUUUUUCUCAACAAUUUCGUUGCGUAAACAAUGUAAUAAAAUUUCCCACAAAUGCCACAGCAAAGUAAUUAACAACAUAUCUAAUGUUGAUCUGUUUCAUGCACCGUCAAUCAAAAUUUCAAUUAGUUACCUAAUCAAUUUCCACGCUGAUUUGUCAGUAUUCAACAGAUGGCCACCGUUUAGCAUAGAUUUUUGUGCGUUAUUACGGUGAUAUCGCGCACAAUAAAUUGAUAAUUGAUAAUAUUAAGUGCGUCGUAACGAGGCAUAAAUUAGUUGCAAAUGGUAUGACAGCCAAAUAACAAACACAAUCCAACACUGCAACAAUGAAUUCCAACCCGAAUCUUGGCAAUACAACUAUCAAAGCCUACCUACCUGAAGACAUCACAUAUUUAACGAAUGAAGAACGUUUCAUUUUUCUCAUCGUGUUUGCGCUGCUGUUGACCAUUUCUGUAAGUGGAAAUGUGUCGGCGAUUUUUGUCACAACGCAAAGAAAUAAUCGAUUCAUACAGAAAUGCUGCAUAAUUUCCUUGGCGAUGAGUGAUUUGAUAAUGACUGCUUCGUAUUGCACGAAUAACAUGGAGACGUUUUCACACCCGAUGAUCAAUUGGACGCUUGGAGAAUUUAUGUGUUCCUUUAUACCCAUGGCACAAAUCUUCGGCCUUGUUGUCAACUUAUCAACAAUGGUGGUAAUUGCAAUGGACAGAUAUCUAAACGUAGUGAAAACAUUGACUCACCGUUGGAAUCCAACGCCAUCUAGUUGCAUCUAUGGGUUCUCGAUCAUAUGGAUUUUAUGUUUGGGGAUAUCUUAUCCAAUCUAUCCGAUGUUUGAAUCAAAGCCUCUACCGGUGUACCACGUGGUUCCGGAAGGUGCCCAUUUGGAAUAUUAUCAAUUUUGUGUAACCGUCGUCAAAGAAGACCUACAAAUGUAUUACAUAAGUAUUGCCGCCUUGGUUUUUUCGUCUCUAUGGGGUUGCAUGCUCUUCCUGAACUGCAGUAUCGCUCAUCUUAUUUGGUCUCAUCGUAAACCCGUUGUUGGUACGUCUAUCCAUGUGGAGCCAUCGGUUUAUAGCAUUGAAACUUCAUCAACACAACUGAGUGGUCCAGGGCCGUUGCCAGGCAAUGGCAAACUAGGCACAAAAAUGCGAAUUCAUGAACGUGGUAGAAACCCACACGUGGCACAAAGAUUACGUACCUUCAAGGUUGUCAUUUUAAUGCUGGUAUUCACCGCUUGUCGUCUCCCAUUCUGGUUGUUCAAUAUUAUAAAGCUGAGUUUUGUCAAUUCGGAAAAGUGCCACUGGUUAAUGCUGUAUGGAUUCAAUGCGUUGGCAUUGCUAAACUGCAGUAUCAAUCCAUUCCUCUACACGUUCCUGCAACCAACCCUGCGAGUUUUAGGCAGACUUGGAAGAUUUAUAGAGGAUUACAUCAAGAAAAUCUGUUUCUGGUAUUGCAACGCAACAGAAUUCGAUGAGUUCGGUAAAGAAAAUCCGUUUUGUACCGAAAUGAAAAGAUCUGAUGUGGAAAGAAGUUUAUUAGUAAAUAAAUACCUGUGAAAUUGAUUUGUGGGUAAUAAAUGAAGUGAUGUCAUCA